GUCUGUGAGUUGGAUUUGAUUUUCAAUUUUCAAAAGGCGUACUUUGUACUGGACGAGUUGAUAAUUGCUGGUGAAAUGCAAGAGUCAAGUAAAAAAUCCGUACUACGUGUGAUUAGUCAACAGGAUGCUUUAGAAGAAGGAGAAAAUGGUGAGAAAGGUUGGCCGGAGAA